AUGGCGCAUCUGCUGCCGAUCUACGAGGCGUUCGAGGGGCCCUUUCGGAGCUUGGUUGGAGCGGGGGGCGACGAUGAGGGGGGUGGGGAAGAAGCGGCAGAGGAGGUGGUCAAGGGGUUGCGGGGGAUGUAUGCGAGGGGGUUGGAGCGGGGGGCCAGGUUGACGGGGGAUGUGGAGACGGUUCUGCGCGGACGGGGGGUCGAUCCGGGACGGCGGCCACGCCUCGAGGCGUUCACGGAGCGGAUCCGCGCUGCGGUGCCGGGGCGGCCCCAUCUCCUGCUCGCGUACACGUGGGUGCUCUACCUGGCGCUCUUCUCCGGGGGGCGGUACAUACGGGCGGGACUGCGGGGGGCCGGAGCCGGGUUCUGGCACCGCGGGGUCGAGGGGGGAUCCGAGGGUGGUUUUCUGGGAACAGGGCUGGCGGGUGAGGGGAAGGGAGGUGGGGUGGAUGGGUGUCUUGGAUUCUGGACGUUUGAAGGGGAGGCGGAUGGGGAGGAUCUCAAGGCGGGGUUCAAGGCGCGCUUCGCUGCCGUCGAGGGGACGUUGACGGAGGUUGAAAAGGAAGAGGUGGUGCGGGAAGCGGUGUUUAUCAUGCAGUCGAUGACUGGAGUGGUCGUGGAGAUCAGUGAGGUGGUUGGUACGGGCAAUCCGGUGGCUGCUGGACAGUGGGUGGAUCAGAGAUUGGACGGGAGGAAGGAUGAGGACGAGCCAAGCAUGCGCUGGCUUCUGCUGAAGCAUGUCCUGCCGAUGGGUAUGGUGGAGCUGAUAGCUGCUGGUGCUAGAAGUGCCAUCAGUGUUGGCAUGGUGCCGUCUUUUUGGAGCGCCGGAGCGGAAUAG